AUGGCGCAAAGACCGACUAGAAAGGUUCAAAUGACAUAUGAUGAAAGAGAAACACUAACCUCAGGUCGAAACUGUGCUGAAUGUAAAAAGAAACCACCGCAAGUCCAGUGUCUCCAUUGUUCACAAUUCGUCUGCCUUGAAUGUGCUCAGAAACAUGUCAAUUUAGUUGCACUAGAAAGCGAAGAUGCAAUGCAUUUCUUAAACGAGAAACUUGAUAUUCUUGACCAGAUUGCUGCCAUCGCUCGACAGAAGAUAGUGCAGGAACGUGAUAUGAUUGUACGGUAUGCAGAUGAAGAACGUGAUCGAUCGUUUAUGCAAUUGGCUCGGAUGAUCGACGUAGAAAAACAAAAAGUGCGUUACAAAAGUCAAGAAUUGAAUGGGCUACCAUUGAAUGCAAUCCCAGCGUAUAUUCGAGAAUUAAAAGCUGAACUUCAAUAUUUAACUAUUGAAAACAACGAUUUAAUCAAUGUUAGUAGUACAGCACCUCGUAUUCUACUACAGCAACGUGGCUCACAGCGGAAAUCUAUCUACGAUGACGACGACAACAUGUUCAACUGA